CGUUCUUUAUACAUGUGCUCUUAUAUCGUGUAAAACAUUGCAAUUUUUAUUUUAAUAAAAACGAAAAGAUGUGUGGGAUAAUCUGUGGUGUAACAACCACAAUAAUAGGUGUGGUUUUGGUGGUUGUUAGUACAGUACUUACGUUUGUAUUCGUACCUGGUGUGAUUGAAGAUUUAAUCAUAAAUGAGGUAGUCCUUUUAGAUGACACCGAGCAGAUGGAAAGAUUUCAAGAAAUACCUUUUCCUUUAAACUUCACUGUCAGAUUCUUUAACAUAUCGAAUAGAGACGAAGUUCUUGCAGGCGGAGUACCUGACUUGAUAGAGGUUGGACCUUACGUAUACAAAUCGUAUCAAUCAAGAGUGGUGGAGAGUAAGGAGGAUGACACGAUCAGUUACCGUGCUCUAGAGAGACUGGAAUUCGACGCUGAAAGUUCCUACCCUUACACAGAGGAUGAUAUAGUAACAAUCGUUAAUGUACCUUAUCAUCUUAUUCUACAAGUAGCGGAGAAGUCGUUUCCGAACUUGAUGAGUAUAAUAAACUCAGCUAUAACUGGUGUUUUCGGUAGAUAUAAUUCUCCCAUCACCGAUGUAAGAGUCCGAGACUUGCUGCUUGAUGGAAUUAAAUUUUGUGAAAACCCCGGACUUAUCGCUGGAAUUGUAUGCACACAAAUUAGAAGCAUUGGAGCUACUUCUAAUAAUUUAGUUGUACAAGAUGAUGGUUCUAUUAUAUUCGCACUUCUUACAUCACGAAUACAACCCAGCAGCUUGUACAAGGUGCACAGAGGUAUUAACAAUCCAGAGGACUUGGGGCGCACUAUAUCUCUGAAUGGAUCCUCGCAAUUUCACUAUUGGAUUGACGAGGAGGAAGGAAAGCCGAGCGUCUGCAACAUGAUUAAUGGAACCGACGCUAGUAUAUACAAUCCAUUUGUCGAUAAUACAAAAUCACUAUUCGGAAUCAAUACAGACAUAUGCAGGUCUGUAGAACUACGCUAUCAGCAUGAUACUGACUAUGAGGGGAUACCCGCAUACAGAUUCUCUGCGAACGAAUGGUUUUUGGACAAUGAUGAUGGGUGCUUCUGUCUCAAUGCAACCAGUGGGAUCACAAGAGAGGAUGGCUGCUUGCUGAGGGGGGCUGCGGAACUUUACAGUUGUGUGGGUGGACCAAUGGUAUUGUCGUAUCCGCAUUUCCUUUACGCCGACCCUAUUUACGCUAAUGGUGUUAAAGGAUUGAACCCAUCAAUAGAAGAUCACAGGAUAUUACUUGAUUUAGAACCUAAGACAGGAACAGUUUUAAGAGGGGCAAAAAGAGCUCAAUUUAAUAUUUUUCUACGUCCAAUUACUUCAGUGACCGCAACAGCAAAUUUUAACAACACAUUGACACCUAUCGUGUGGCUACAAGAGAGUGUUCUAUUGCCAGAAGAAUUCGUGAAUCAGCUGAAAGAUCGCAUGCUUAUGCCUCUAAACUUAGUUAGCAUUCUGCUACCCAUUGUAAUUGCUUUGUGCUGCGUGGUCGUUGUUGUUGGUGUGGUGAUCUUCGUUAGAGCUAAAUUGAGAAACAAAUCACCUACAAUUACUAAUACAAGAUAAUUAUAGUAUAAGAAUUAUAAACUUUACAUUAAAAGGAAUGCCUAGUUUUAUUAUUCCUUUCUAGAACACCACAAAAGUCGCUUUUACUAUGGCGAUCACCUUAAUUAUCUGUGAUAAUUACUUUAACAUUAUUAAAA